AUGUCAGCCAGCCAAGCUAGCUUCAAAUCUCCACCCCCGUCGCAAACCUACGCUAACAUCCUCUUCCCCCAACCACACACCUUCCUCAUAAUCUUCAACCGCCCCCGUCACCUAAACUCCAUCCCGUCAGCCAUCCACCACGACCUCCAAGCCCUCCUAACAUGGUACGAUAACGAGCCAAGCCUGCGCGUCUGCAUCGUCACAGGCGCCGGACGAGCAUUCUGCGCAGGCGCCGACCUCAAAGAAUGGAACGAACACAACAAAGCUCGUCUCCAAGGUAAACCGUCUGUCCGUCGCGAAAUACCAGCUGGCGGCUUCGCGGGCCUCAGCAGACGAAGCGGCAAGAAACCCGUCAUCGGCGCGGUGAACGGCAUCGCAUUCGGAGGCGGUAUGGAAGCCGUCGCGAAUCUGGAUCUCGUGGUCGCGAGCAAGUCUGCGAAGUUCUGUCUCCCUGAAGUCAAAAGGGGAGUCGUCGCUGCGGCGGGCGCGUUGCCUAGACUCUGCAGACAGAUCGGCCGCGUGCGCGCGAUGGAGGUGGCAUUGACGGGUCGAAUUAUAUCGGCGGACGAAGCUAGGGAAUGGGGCAUUAUUAAUGCCGUCGUGGAGGAUCAUGCUGACCCACUGGCUGAAGGUACCGAACAGAUCGUACAGAGACCUGUCGUUCAGAAGGCGUUGGCACUUGCGAGGGAGAUUAGUGCGAAUAGUCCGGAUAGUGUGAUUGUGUCGAAGGCGGGCGUUGAUGCUGGGUGGGAGGAUGCUAGUGUUGAGAAUGCGACGAGGGUUCAAGCGUUGCUGUAUGGGGAGAGGCUUGCUGUUGGUGAGAAUAUCCAUGAGGGGGUGUUGGCUUUUGUGGAGAAGCGGAAUCCAAAGUGGAAGGAUAGUAAACUGUAA